CAAAAAGAAUGUCAGCUGUGGAAAUAAUGCAGGAACAAAACAACAAUGAGGACCAGAAAGCAUGUGGUUCGAGCAAUGCGCCACAGGCCAAACCAAAUGCACCUGUCGCCACAUUACCCCCAUCAGAGGGUGCUAAAGAAGCUGCUCAGGAUGAUAUAAAUGCUUUAGCAGACCAUUACAAAAAUCAGGGAAAUGAUUAUCUUAAGGAAAAGGAUUUUUCGAAAGCUAUUGAAAUGUACACCAAAGCCAUAGAAUUAAACCCCAAUAAUGCUAUUUACUAUGCCAAUCGUUCAUUGGCCCACUUAAGGCAGGAAAGUUUUGGAUUUGCUUUACAAGAUGGCAUUUCAGCUGUUAAAGCUGAUCCAACAUAUCUUAAAGGCUAUUAUCGCAGAGCCGCGGCUCACAUGUCUUUGGGUAAAUUUAAACAAGCGCUUUCUGAUUAUGAAUAUGUAUCGAAAUGCCGUCCCAAUGAUAAAGAUGCCAAAUUAAAGUUUACCGAAUGUAAUAAAAUUGUUAAAAUGCGUGCAUUUGAACGGGCCAUAGCUGUUGAUAAGCCAGAGAAAACAUUAACCGAAAUGUUUAGAGAUUUUGAAAAUAUUGCAAUUGAGGAAGAUUAUACGGGACCUAUGCUCAUCGAUGGAAAAGUUACUUUACAAUUUAUGUUAGACUUAAUGGAAAAUUAUAAACAGCAAAAGAAAUUACAUCGUAAAUUUGCCUAUAAGAUUCUCUGCGAUAUUGAUGCUUACAUGCGUACCCAAGAUUCUAUGGUGGAUAUUACUGUACCCGGAGAUUCGAAAUUCACAAUUUGUGGUGAUAUUCAUGGUCAAUUUUAUGAUCUUAUGAAUAUCUUUGAAAUUAAUGGUCUACCAUCGGAAACGAAUCCGUAUUUGUUUAAUGGUGAUUUUGUGGACAGAGGCUCAUUUUCCGUGGAAUGUAUAUUUACAUUGUUUGGCUUUAAAUUAUUAUAUCCCAAUCACUUUUAUCUGUCAAGAGGCAAUCAUGAAAGUAUAAACAUGAAUCAAAUGUAUGGCUUCACUGGUGAGGUCACAGCCAAAUAUACCAGCACCAUGGCUGAUAUGUUUACCCAAGCAUUUAAUUGGCUGCCAUUGUGUCAUUGUAUUAAUAAGAAAAUCCUCGUCAUGCACGGUGGUCUCUUCUCAAGUGAUGAUGUCUCAUUGGAAGAUUUGCGACGCAUCGAUCGUAAUUGUCAACCACCGGAGGAUGGUCUAAUGUGUGAAUUAUUAUGGUCGGAUCCCCAACCAUGGGCUGGUAGAGGACCAUCAAAACGUGGUGUUGGUAUACAAUUUGGCCCGGAUGUAACAGAGGCUUUCUGCAAACGCAAUAAUCUAGAUUAUAUUGUACGAUCACAUGAAGUGAAAAAUAUGGGUUAUGAGGUGACGCAUGAUGGCAAAUGUAUAACGGUAUUUUCAGCACCCAAUUAUUGCGAUACCAUGGGUAAUAUGGGUGCUUUUAUUACAAUUAAGGGCAAUGAUCUAACGCCCAAAUUUACAUCAUUCAAAUCUGUGCCUCACCCCGAUGUUAAACCCAUGGCUUAUGCAAAUAGACUAAUGAGCUUAUUGGCGUAGUCAUUUUAGUUUUGUUGUUAUCUU